AUGUCGGCUGAUAGUAAUAGCGGUAAUAAAUCUUUUUGGCCUGUAAAAACAGCUUUAAAAGAAAAAAUUAUCGUACUCUACGAUGCUUUAUUAACUGGUGAUCAACCAUGGCUUGAGAAUGGUCAUUUUUGGGAUGAUUUCUUUCUUUUGAAAGUUAAUGCAAAAUACUUAUUAGAAGAACUUGAACGAACUUAUAUUGAUAAACCUGCUGUACUAAAACCUCAAUUGAAUACUCUUUUUGAUCAAUGUCUUAUUUUUGUCAAUUCAACACAUCGUAUUCGACUAUUAAAUGCUUAUUAUACUAUUUGUAUUCUAAUACAUGCAAUAAGUCGAGUCAAUCAACGAAAUGGUUUUGGCUAUCCAGCAUUAGAUUUUCUUUGUGGUAGUGAAGGAGUUGACAAUAAAUUUGAAACUCUAAUUGAAUCAGUUAAUCAUACAUUUCUUAUUGAUGAAAGUUUUUCUGGUAGUACUCUUUUAAAAAAUGCUGCAUUUGAUGUUAUUUUAACAUGUUGUACAACAAUGUUAAAUAUAAAUGAAAAUAUGCUUAUGGAUUAUAUGAUGGCAAAUGUAAAUCUAUUUGAUUCAAUUACACAAUUAUUAAUACGUUCUCCAGCAAUUCAUGGCUAUGAUGUUUGUCUUCUACUUGCACUUCUUUUACAAUACCAUAAAUAUGAUACAUCGAAUACAUAUAUUAUACGAUUUUCUGUGUUUGAUGAUGAAGUUGCUUUAACUAGUUUAGCACAAGUUAUUGGUUCAUCUCUAAAUGAAUAUAAUAAAGCUUAUGAUAUUGAACGAACAGCAAAUGAAUCAUCAUCAUGGUGGAGUUCUUUAACAACAUUUGUAGGUUCUGCAAUUCAAUCUGGAGGUGGAAAUCGUCGAAUGAAAAAAGUGGAUGAUUGUCUAUUGCUGACAUUUUAUGAAGCUGUUCAUCUUAAUCGAAAUUUUAUAUCAGCACUCACACAUACAGCAACUAAUACAUGGACAACAAAAGGAUCAUCUUUAUCAAAUAAUGAUGCUUUACCUCCAUCAUUACCAGCUUUCUCAUCAGCAUCGAUGCUUGUUGCUCAAGAUCAAACAGAUUUUUCUAAUAUAGAUGAUUUUUUAGCAUCAAAUAAUCUUCUUUCGGUUUUUCUUGAAUAUUGUUCAAUUAUUCAACAAUUUUCCAAAAAUGAAGAUAUGUGUAAUACAACAAAAUUAUGUUAUUUAAUACUUCUUUGUAUAACAGAAGAUGAAUUUGCUAAUGCAACAAUGCAUGAUGAAAAUGUUACAUUUAGUGUUUAUCUUCAUAAAGCUCCUAUGCGUCAUCGUAAACGUGGUAAUGAAAAAAAUCUUCCAUCACGACCAUUAGCUGUUGCACUUUUGGAUUUAAUGAUGGAAUUUAUUUGGAGUCAUAUGAUGCGUAAUUUUCCAUUUGAUCUUUAUACAAAAUGUAUUGGUAUUAUUCAACGUAUACUUUCAUUUCAAAAACGUACUCGAACACGUUUAUCAUAUUCAUGGAGACCAUUAUGGAAUGCAUUGAUAAGUCUAUUAAAAUUUCUACAAAAUUGUGAAUCACAAUUAACUAAACAUCGUGAUUUAUUUCAAUUAGCUUCGAAAAUUAUUAAUAUUUUUAAUUUAUUUAUAACAUUUGGUGAUACAUUUUUAAGAACACCUGAAGCAUAUGAUGAAGUUUUUUAUGAAACAGUACGAUGUUAUCAUGUAUUUGAUAAUUUAUAUGCAUUUGCUUGUCGAUAUGCAAAUAAUGAAAAUGAAUUUAAAGAAUCAGCAUUAAAAUUAAUGGUUAAUUUAACAAAUAUUAAACUUAUAACACAUCAUUUUAAUACAAAAAUUGAAGCCAUUUCAACUAGUCAAAACAAUCCAUUAACAGAAAAUCAAGUACUUGAUAUUAUUCGAAAUAAUUAUGAUACUUUAGCACUUAAAUUACAUGAUGAUCUUGAUCAAUAUGAUAAUUACUCAGAAAAAACAUCUGAAGCAUCAUUCUUUGCUAAUAUAACACGUAAUACAAUUGGACAUUAUCGUCGACAAUAUACAUUGGAUACAAAUAGUUCUGUACAACUUUCAAAUAUUCUUCUUAAUGAAGUACCAACAAUCAGUUAA